AUGAAUGCCAAAAAUGACAGCAGAGCUUCACAAGCACAAAAGCCACAGCAGCCCACCAAACUGGUGCUUGGACUGCGAGCCCUCGUUUUAGGAGUCACAAUCGCCGGAAUCGUAGUCUCCUCUAUCCCUGCCCCGAACAACUUUAUCGCAAUUGGAAUAUUGGGACCAGCUUUUGUCACAACCUUCUGCUGGUCACUUAUAGAAAUUCUCUACCCUUUAGUUAAGAUCUUUCCACCUGCCUACAUAUCAUUUCGUAUCUUCAUAGACUUCUUUAUUGCUGUUGGGUCAGUAAUCUGCCUUAUAUGCUUUGGAUUGUUCCGGGAUUGGUGGCCAGGGGGUAGCGCUCUCGGUCCAUAUCAAGCACCAUUAGCCAGAGAGAUAUUGUUCCAAGCAGCCCUGGGACUUGCCUGCGCAUCGACGGUCCUUGAGAUUAUACUCUGCAUUACUCAACUUUUGGAAUGACCAAAUCUCCGGCGAUUGCAAGCACCUUCUUGACCAUGUCAAUCGGUG